GUGUGGGUUUUUAAGCAGCAGUUGCCCUGGGUGGACUGAGGACCGACCGCUGUGCUCACAGAGCCCUCACUCUCAGUGUGCUGGAGACCGGCUGGCUGUGAUGCUGCUGGACGCUUGUGGGGGUCCUGCCCAUGCCACUAACACCACCUCCAGAGCCUGACCUGGAACCGAAAAUGAACUGGGCGUCCUUUUACGCCGUGAUCAGCGGCGUGAACCGGCACUCCACCGGGAUCGGCCGGAUUUGGCUCUCCGUCCUCUUCAUCUUCCGGAUUCUGGUUCUGGUGGUGGCGGCUGAGAGCGUCUGGGGUGACGAGAGAUCGCACUUCACCUGCAACACGCAGCAGCCGGGCUGCAACAGCGUCUGCUAUGACCACUUCUUCCCCAUCUCGCACAUCCGCCUGUGGGCGCUGCAGCUGAUCCUGGUGUCCAGCCCUGCCCUGCUGGUCACCAUGCACAUCGCGCACCGCCGACACGUGGACAAGAAGCUGUACCGGCGCUCCGGUCGUGGCAGCCCCAAAGAGCUGGAGCAGAUCAAAACGCAGAAGAUGAAGAUCACCGGCGCCCUCUGGUGGACGUACCUGAUCAGCCUGCUGUUCCGAGUGCUCUUUGAGUCCGCCUUCCUCUACCUGUUCUACAUGAUCUACCCCGGGUACCGGAUGUUCCGGCUCGUCAAGUGCGACUCAUAUCCAUGUCCCAACACUGUCGACUGCUUUGUCUCGCGGCCCACCGAGAAAACCGUCUUCACCGUCUUCAUGCUGGCCGUGUCCGGCAUCUGCAUCGUCCUCAACAUCGCAGAGGUCGUCUUCCUUGUUGGCAAGGCGACCAGCCAGCAUCUGAACAAUGCAAAAGACUCGCCGGUCGGUGCCUGGAUCUCUCAGAAACUCUUCUCCUACUAAAGAAAUGGUCUUCUAGAGACACGCCCCCCACAAUCCCCCCAAAAUCCUAUCCCUGACCACAGGAACCGAACUCUCCCUCCUCCCAGAAGAUCUCCAGUGAGAAGUCCGGCUACGUUCACCCUUGAAUCCGGAUUUUUUGCUUUGAUUUGAUUCACCGGAACAUUUGAUGGUUAUUAAGAUGUUUACAGCAGGUAAAUGAUGUAUUCAGAUCUUCUCCAGCACUGCCUGGUCAACAUGCUUCCACAUGACGGUAUUGAUUAGGACGUGUGGAUGACCUCUGGAAAUAUGAUGAACCAUCAAAAUCUGGUCUGAGCAAAAAAUCAGGGCUUGUUAUGUGGACACAGCCUUAGUGAUCUCUCCGGUCAGGCACUAGAGGGCGCUGACAAGUCCAGCUUGAGUGGGUUUCAGAAACUGAUAAAUAAGCUCAACAUCACAAACGAAUCAACUUCAUUUUUAAUCAUUUUAGUUAAAUAAUUUUUAAAAUAUGGACAAUGUUGGCUGUAAACGCAGAAACACUGAAAGACGUUUAUUGAAAAGAAAUGUAAACACUACCAAGAUCAGAGUUUCUGCCCGGGAUCGUCAGUUUCAGCUGUUUGGUUCCAUUCACUGCCAUUCGCUGAACACUCCCUCUGGCGCCCUCUAGUGCUGCACAGUGGUGUUUCUGUAAUGAAGGGCCUGAAUAGAUCCAGAACUCAGUUCACUGCAGGACUUUUAAGAGAAUUUUACCCUAGAUUUUAAAACUUAACCUGUAAAACGUAAAGUUGGUGAUUUUUAUUUAAUAAGAGGAUUUACAUCAAACCAGCGCAGAGAUUCGGUCUGCCGUCCACUCUGCAGAGCACAGUCAGACAGACUGUCUCAGUGUCUCUCUGUCUCUCUUGCUCUCUCUGUGUCUGUCUCUCAUUGUCUGCCUCUCACUUUCUCUCUCUCUCUCUCUCUCUGUGUGUCUGUCUCUCAUUCUCUCUCUCUC